AUGGGUGAAGACAUCGCAGUCGCAAAUUUCCGCGAGUACCUUCGGAUAAAAUCGGUACAUCCGAAACCGGAUUACGAGGGAUGCGUCAAAUUCCUAUUCCGUUUGGCUGAUGAGUUGGGGAUCCAGAGGCGGAAAUUUGAGCCAGUAGAAGGCCAGCCCCACGUAGUUCUGACCGUAAAGGGGACCCAUCCGGAAUUGCCUGCCCUGUUGUUGUAUUCUCAUAUGGAUGUGGUGCCAGUUUUUGAGGAGCACUGGAAGCACGAGCCGUUUUCCGCCGUGAAAGAAGAUAAUGGCAAUAUUUAUGCUAGAGGCUCCCAAGACAUGAAAUGCGUCGGUAUACAGUACCUGGAGGCCAUUCGGCGCCAUUUUGAACGUGGAACUCGACAAUUUCUGAGGACAGUGCAUAUGAUUUACGGGUCUGAUGAGGAACUCGGUGGCUAUAAUGGAAUGAGGGUGUUCACCGAGAGUCAGGACUUCAAGGAUCUAAACAUUGGUUGGGUACUCGACGAAGGUCUCGCUUCCCCCACCGAAACCUUUCAAGUCUACUACGGAGAACGUAACCCAUGGUGGGCAAAAGUAACCUUCCCUGGAAACCCGGGCCACGCCAUGGAGUUUAUUGAGAAUACAGCCAUGGAGAAAAUGCACCGCUUCAUGAACUCAGCCCUUGCCUUCCGGGCUAAGUGGAAAAAGAUCCUCAACGAUGACCCGACGCUGCGGCUUGGAGAUGUCCCAACGCUCAAUAUUCCAAUUAUCCAGGGAGGCGUUCAAGCAAAUGUGAUCCCGGACAAAUUUGUGCUCGACUUUAUAAUUCGCGUCCCCCCGAAUAUGGAUUUUGAUGCGUUGAAAGCGGAAGUUGAUGGCUGGAUUGUGGAUGCCGGCAAAGAUGUUACAAUCGACUGGGUUGGGCGACAAUGCGUGAGCAACACUACGAAAACCACUAAUGACGAUCCGCUGUGGAAUGCUUUUGAGAGCACGUUGACUUCACUCGGAUGCAAAUUGAAUUUGGCUAUCUUCCCUGGCGCUACGGAUUCGCGUUAUAUGAGACCGAAGGGCUACUCUUCCAUAGGCUUCUCCCCAAUGAACAACACCCCGGUACUGCUCCACGACCACAACGAGUUUUUGAAUGAAAAGAUCUACCUCCGCGGUGUGGAAAUCUACGAGAAACUGAUCGAAAACAUUGCCAACAUCAAGCCA